AUGGAGUGGGACAAAUAUCGUAUGCAGUAUGAGGGCUUAUGGGCGGCUUCUUCUCAUUAUGGGUGUCUUGAGGAAGAAAAAAAAGGUGAGGCAAAAGGAGAACAUGUAAACUCGUACCAAAGGUACAUUUACCUGAAUUCCAUUGCCAAGUUACAGACGUUUCAAACUCGGCCAGUGAUGCGGACGUGUAUUCUGGUCCUCACCGUGGGUUUCGCGGCGGCCUUUGAUUCAACCGAGACGCAGAUACUCUACGAUGAUUACGCUCCCGACAAACUUUCUCAGCUACAACCUCUUCUACGAGAGGGGCGCUCGUUUGAUAGCAAUGCAGGUCCGCUGAUUCGAUUCGGCAAACGUGAUCCGUACAGUGCACCAUUUAUUCGAUUCGGCCGAGCACCAUUGGCCCAGCCGCUUAUCCGCUUUGGAAAAAGAUCGCCUCAUAGUGCUCCACUUAUUCGGUAUGUUUGCUAA